AAAAUACCAGUUCGACUAUGGCUGGCGUAUGUUUGUUGUAUCAAUUUGUGUGUCAAUUAUCAAUUAACCCUUGUUAAAUAAUGGCCUGUUGAUUAUUAAAAAGCAGAGCUUAAAUAAGAUUCUAUCGAUGUGAAGUGUAUCUAGUGUGUGAACCAUGGCAGCUGGUGGUGAGGAUCUGUGGCGCGAGUGCGCGGCUUGGCUUACGAGAUGUGGAUUAUUGCGGCCAGAUCACAAGGCGAAUUGGGAGACGAGUACGAUUCAUGAUUUAGCUUAUACGCUGCGAGAUGGAGUACUCCUGUGUAACCUUUUAAAUGUCCUUCAUCCUGGGUGCAUAGAUAUAAAGGACGUAAAUCAGCGCCCCCAGAUGGCUCAGUUCCUAUGCAUGAGGAAUAUCAAAGUAUUCCUAAGGACCUGCCAUGAAGUGUUUGAACUGCGAGAGACAGAUUUGUUUGACCCCUCCAUGCUGUUUGACUUGUCCAACUUCCACCGAGUCCUCUGCACGCUCGCCAAACUGAGUCAAUGUCCCAAGGCGUUGGCUAAAAGUAUAAAGCCAUUCUCAGCGAACAGAACGCAGUCAGAAGAGGACAUAUACAAAGACCUGCAGUCUGUGUAAGUAUAGCGAGUAUUAGGUUAACCCUAAGCCAAUUGCGCGAUCUAAGUUAUAAUGGUGUUCAGUAGCGCGUGCCAGUCGCUGGACAUACCGCCGUCGUACGAGACGGUGCAGCCGCAGUGUAGCGAAGUGCCGUGGGUACAGUUCACGAUACCCAGCAGUAACUGCGAGGAGCGAGUCGAGGAGAUAUACGAGGACCUGUGCUAUGUGAAGCUGAAUUCGGAAGUGCCCGAGCUAGCGUCGUCUUCACAUAGCUUAGAGAAACGGGAUUAUGUCAUACGAGAGUUGGUUGAUACGGAGUGCAACUAUGUGGAUGUGUUGAGCAAAAUAAUUAAAUACUUUCUGCGGCCGUUGACGCCGUACCUGAAGCCGCAAGAUAUGCAAGUUAUUUUCUUUGGUGUUAAGGAAUUGCACGAGAUCCACACGGGCCUGCUGCGGCAGCUGCGUCUCGCGACCGAGGUCUGCGUGCCGGGCAGCGGGGCGCCGCGGCUCGCUGACGUGUUCCUCGCGUGGCGGGAGAAGCUGCUGCUGUAUGGGGACUAUUGCUCCAACCUGACGACAGCGCAGGACACGCUAAAGACGCUGGACGCGAGGGAUCCGAUGUUUAGCAAGCAGCUGGCGAAAUGUCAAAAAGAGCACAGCGACGGCCGCAUCCAGUUGCGCGACAUUCUAUCAGUUCCGAUGCAGCGGAUACUCAAGUACCAUCUGCUUUUGGACAAGCUCGUGCAAGAAACUCAACCAAAUCACGAAGAGUUCCGCGGGCUGGAGCGCGCCAAGGAGGCGAUGGUGGACGUGGCGCAGUACAUCAACGAGGUGAAGAGAGAUAGCGAAGUGCUCGCGUUGCUGGCUAAAGUGCAGGAGAGCAUCAUAGACUGGGACGGCGGCGAGCUGGGCGCGGGCGGCGCGCUGCUGGCGGCCUACGGGCGCCUGCUGCUCGACGGCGAGCUGAAGGUCAAGGCGCACGAGGACCAGAAGCUGCGCUCGCGGUACGUCUUCGUGUUCGACAAGCUGAUGCUGCUCUGCAAGCCGGUCAAGGACAACCAGUACUCGUACCGCGUGGGCAUCCGGCUGGCGGAGUACCGCGUGGAGGAGGGCGGCGGGCGGCGCNNNNGAACUAUAAAUGGAAGCAUGAUGUUAAAUUUAUAUUUAUUAAAUUCUAGUAGUCAUAGGUUAGUUUUUUUGUAUUAAAAAUGACAUGGAGCAGUUAAAUUAUAAUUUAUGCAUUUCAGAGACAAUUUAGAGCCUGCUGGAUGUCGAAAUACGAAUCACAAGUUUGUGCUGCACACAUUUGAGAAGCCAGCUACGUGCCAUCACUGUUCGAAGUUCCUCAAAGGCAGAAUAUUCCAGGGCUACCUGUGCUCCGUGUGCAACGCGUGCGCGCACAAGGACUGCAUCGCGCUGUCGGGGCGCUGCGGCGGCGGGCUGUCGGUGGCGCCGCCGCUGCCGCCGCACAGCCAGCAGCCCGACCACGCGCUGCACUACUACAUGUGGUACGUGGGCGAGAUGGGGCGCGAGACGGCGACGGCGCGGCUGGAGCGGCGCGUCGACGGCACGUUCCUGCUGCGCGUGCGCCCGCGCGCCGCGCCGCACGCGCCCACCGAUACGCACUACGCGCUCUCGCUCAAGACGGACAACACGGUGAAGCACAUGCGCGUGUGCCGCAAGCCGAUCGAGUCGGUGCCGCACUACUUCCUGUCCGAGUCGCGCUUCUUCCGCAGCGUCGUCGAGCUCGUCACCUACUACGAGCGCGUCAGUCUCGCCGAGAAUUUUGUGGGGUUAAACUCGAGCCUCAAAUGGCCGUUCCGACGCGUGGUCGCCUCCGUGAUCCACGACUUCCGGCCGCUGGAGGGCAGCCAGCUGGCGCUGCGGCCCGGCGCCAAGGUGCUCGUGCUGAGCAAGGAGGGCGACAGCCGCGGCUGGUGGAAGGGCCGCAUACUCGACAAGGGAGACAACCGCUCCGGCUACUUCCCGAAGGACUGCGUGGUGGAGGAGCCAGAGUGUAUCGGAGCCCUCGACUGAUGUUAUUUUUGCCUCGCCGAGCGCGAGAGGCACUACCUGGAGCAGCUCAUGGAUGACCUGGUCUGAAUGGCCUAGGAACAAGUGUCCUGGGUCCCAAGUCCUGGUGUGAAUGACCUAUGUUCGAUGUUCUGGAAUGACCGACCUAGGUCUGCUGGAUACACUACGGGUAUCGGCAUGGUACAAACGGAAUAACCGAAGAUGGAUGCAGUCGUUCAAGCGAGGCGCUAUUUUUGUGUAUUAUUUAUUAAAAAACUAGGUAUGCAAGUGAAUAAGUGUUGAGGGAAGUGUAAUCUCCUUAGUGCGUUGGAAUGAAGUGGUUUUUUGGGUAAUACUGUUAUUGUAGUUUUGUGAUUUGAACCUUAACGCUAUACACAUAAGGUUCAAAAUCUAAUAUAAUUUAAUGUUGUUGUAUGAUAUGGAUUUUUAGGUGCAUUAUAACAGUAUUUUCCACAUAUUCACUUUACCCAUCAGUGAUAUUGUAUUAAGUGUCUUAUAUGUGAAGUUGUGAAUACACUUUAGUUAGAACAGAAGGACUGUGAAUGUAAGUCAGUUUUAUUCUAUUGUAGAUAGUAUAUAUGAUAAUAUAUUAUAUGAAAGUAAUCACCCUGAUACAUUCUGCUAAACUGAGAAGGAAACGUUUGUUCUAAUUCUCAAAAUAGCAUUGGUGAAAUUAUCCCAGUUAUUCUAAAAUACGAAAUAUAAAAAUCAAUACAUAGUGAUAUUGAAAGGCCAAUAAAUUCAAUGCAAUUUGAAAAUUGAUUAUGUCAAAGGUGCGGAUACAUUGAAUCUAUUGCCUUCAUUUAACAUAAUUCUCAUCAGUGCAAUAAUGCAGUAUAAUUAUUUAAAAAUACUCUACACAUUAUUCGAAUUCGUGUGUGCUAGAGGUACUGUGUGUUAUAUGAAAUCAAUGUUACAUGCCCACAAUUGUGGAUUGUUAUAUUCUGUAGAAAAUUGGUGUCACGCACAGAACUAUUGAUACUAAUUAACAUUCAAGUCUUCGUAGUUUCGUUUCUUUCAUAGUCGUCUAUUAAAAUUGAAAUAUAAUAUCAAAUUUAGGAAAUAACAUACUUAAAAAUACAUACAGAGACUAUUUUCAAUUGUUGGAAUGAUUGAAAUUUUACGAUGUAACGUGUGUAAGAAAAUUAUCAAUGUUAAUUGUACAGAUGUUUAUUAUGAUAAGCUCUCAACUGUUGUCUGUCGCACAAUCAAAUUAUAUUUAUGCUCUCUUCAAUACAUAGCACAGAAUGGUCUUGAUGGUGCGUAAAAUGCUUUAAAAUUUGCCAAGUUUAGGUUAGGAGCUAGUUCAGAUAGUGUGGAAUUGUUUAGUUAAACUGAUAGUCUAGUUUUUUUCACCCUCAUAAGGGUAGUUAUAAGUUUAACGUUUGUCUGUGCCAUCUUAGAUUGUUUGGGCUCAAAGAUUCAUCUCAUCAAUGCUAUGAACUUACCACUGUUUUAUUUUAAAACCGUUUUAAUUAUAAUUGUAAAUUAUAAAUACUAUUGCAGCUAAGAGCUAUAUACAGUUUUUUUUUAGGAAUAAAAAGAUGUUAAAAUUCUCAUAGUGAAUGUAAAAUGAGCGGAGAAUGAGUUUAAUAACACUAGUUCUUCUCUUAGAAUUCCUGUAUCAUUACAGUUUUCAUCAGUGUGUGGUCUUGGUGUACCAUAUAAGAAAUUAUUCAUUAUUUUACUAAUCAUAAUUAGAUCAGAAGUCCAAAGAUCAGUGUGGGGUUUUGAAGCGAUCUCAAUUAUUAUUAAUAUAUCAAUCAAGAAGGUAUAUAAAGAGGACUUUUUCAGGUUCCACAAUAUCUGAAUUAGAUUAAAUAUCUACUUGUUUACAAAAUAUGGUGGAAUAUUCUAGAUUUCUCUGUAGAAAUGUUGUAUCUAUGUAAUAAGUGUUACGAAUUGUCUAAAAAAAUAUAUAAGUACACUAUAAAUAAAAGUCGAUCAUAUGGUUAAUAAGAGCAAAGUUCUAAUUGAAAUGUUUUAUUAAAAUGUGAUUGCUACAGGCCACAGCUUAAUUAGUGAAUAAAUUUGUUACACUUCCAUGUUUAUCUCAACGUUUUACGCUCAAGUCUUCUACACUAUUGUUAAGUAUUUAUGGAGGGAAUCCAAUAAAAUAGCAUUAAUGCGACAAUUAUUUGAAAGUUCUUAACAACUUUAGUGAGAAAACAGUGCCAAAAUGUUUUUGACAGCUAUUUAUUGUAGCACAACAUAAUUAUUUUCAGGUUAUUAUUCAUAUGCAGGUAUGAUUUUCAUUGUUACAAUGGAUAUUGAUAAUCAAAUAUGGUAUCUAUACUGUAGACCUUAAGGUAUGUUUUAAAUAUUGUCUCACUCGUUCUUGAUGAUAGCCUAGCCAUGUUAAUUUGUUUUUAUGGCGCCAAAAAAUCUGUUUUAUUCAUAAUAUUCGGUAUAAUUCAUACUUUUUCGAUGUCUCGAUUUUCGUUUUUGUAAUUUUAAUUGAUUAGCAGAAAAUUUAAUUCUAUAUUUAUAUAAGUUAUUUUGCAGCUACUGCGACUAAUGUUUGCAUUUUAUGCAAAUUAAUGAUUAGAAAAAAUAUACAUAUACUUGUUCAUGGAGCCCAUUUGACUUUAAUGUUAGUUUUUAAUGAAGUUAUUACAAUUAUAAUAUGUGACUUGUAAUUAAUUUUAUGGUAAAUAUUAAAUUGACAAAAUGCAUGACAAGAUUUUUAAAAGUCGUGCUAUACAAAUGAAAUCCCACCAAAUAUCGUAUGAAGUGUUCCACAUUCCACACUAUUUUACCUUUAUUUUUUAAUCUUCUUCAUUUACAAAUAUUUUUAUAUAUCACACGUGUAAAUAGAAAUUUAAUAUACAAACAAUGGAUGGACAUGCUAAAAAAAAUAUUUAUUGAGGUGACAACUUCUUAUCGGAGUUUUGUUACGUGGCGCGUUACGGUGCCAGUCUGGCUCCCCUUGCUCUCAUGCAUGAGACAGGGGUAGCCAGGCUCUGCCUCUCUCACUCUUACCUACAGCUCUAGCCGCUUUUUAAUGAAGGCUAAUUAGCUAUUAACGUUACCCCUAAGCUAUAUUUAUAUUAUAUACUUCAAUCCUUCAAAAAGUUUUAAUGUUAUUUCUAUAUUGAGUAUACAAUCGUAACAUACUAUUUUUCAAAAUACAUUUAAAGCUACCAGUCACAAGUACGUAACAUAUAAAUAUUUUUCGUAAUAUAGUAAUUGGGAAGGUGACGAUAGAAUGUUAAAAUUAACAAUGCGAAUGUCAACUAUUGAAAAUGUUAGUGUAAAUAAUUACGUAGUGAAAUCUGUAAACGAAUUGAUGUUUACAGCGUCUAUUUUAAUAUAAUUUGUGUAAAUAUGAUUAAUUAUUAUAUAAUACAUAAAUAUCAAAUAGCAACAAAGCUUUUGUUUGUCAUCUGCGACUAUACGUGUUUGCAGCUUUAAAAUGGUAUUAAUAGUAUUUUAUUGUUUAGUGCGCAUUGUCAUAAUUGACUUUUCAAUAUUUAUUACACACUAGCAGUUCGUCCCGGCUUCGCCCGCGGUACAUAUAUAGCAUAUGUCACUCUGUGAAGUUGCAGCUUUCGAAUGGUGAAAGAAUUAUUUGAAAUCGGUCCCGCAGUUUUUGCGUGAAGACGUUAGAAAAAUUAAAAAUUUCCAUUUUAUCUAAUAUUAGUGUAGAUGGAUAAACGCAAUGCGGAUUUAAUCAUGACAGGGAAAUUAACUCCAUACUCAAAUUAUUUGGUGAAUAUUGUACGUGUAUAAGAAUUGGUAAUUAUAAUAAUUGUUAGUUUGUUAUUAAAUGUUUUCUUCACGGUUGAAACGAAUAAAUGUUAUUCGAUAAGUUGUAAACGAAAUUGAUUUAAACAGUAGAUUGCACUGGUUCAGAUGUGUGUCAUAGUUAAGUCAAUGUUUUUGGUGUUAUGUGUCUAUUUAAUAUUAUACCCACUUAUGUGAGCCAUAGCUAAUGUUUUUCAAACUUUGUCUUAUAAAAUAGGAUGCAGUCAGUUUUGUGUAAAAUAAAAAAUUAAAAUCUCUUCCUUUAUUAUAUAUUGAAACCGCAAUGUAAUGUAAUACUUAAUAGGAUAUACGUAUUAAAGAUAUUUAAAACUAGCUAUGCCCCGCGGUUUAACCCACGUCGUACGUGUUAUAUAGCAGAUAAUCUUCACUGGAAGGAAUUGUUAAAUCGGUCCAAUAGUUCCGGAGAUAGCGCGUUUAAACAUACAAACUCUUCAGCUUUAUAUUUUUAAUAUAGAUAAAUCACUUAUGUUUUAUUUACCGGCAACUAAUUUUGUAUGUUUAGCGAUUACUCAUUCGGUUUCAUUUGCCUAAAGGACACCCCACGUCAUCUAUUGAGACGAUCUCGACCAAUAUGAAACAUUAUUUAACGAUUUUUUCCAAUUUUUAAUGAUAUAUGGAUUACUAGAUACUUUAAGGUAGGUCGUUUGGUUUGACUCAGUGUUGCUUAACCGUGACCGCUAUAAUGAAUCAAGGUUAAAACCAUAUACAGAAAGUCUCGAUUCUAGUCUAGAAUCGUAUCUGGGUUAAAUGCUAUAGCGUCCGAUUGAGCUAACACUAACAGAAGGUAUAGAAAAGUAUCACGUACGUUUUUGGAGUAUAACUUUGGACUUGUCGUUUUUAAGUAAAAAAAUUCCUAUGAUGAUAUGGAUUUUGUAUUAUUAUUGUUUCGAUUAUCUGAAAUAAUAAUUGCUAUGAAAUAUGCAUUCUGUGAUCUUAGAAUCAACCAAAUAUAUAGAAGUUUAUAUUGUUAAAUCAGUUUUUUCUUUACAUGUUUGAAUCUCCGUUAAAAUGAUUAAAUUGUUCAUUUAAAUUCAUACUUAUGAACGUUUUUGACACUGCCUAUAUUCUACUUAAGUUGCGUUGUACGCGUUAGUGGUAUUUUUUACGGUAAAUAUUGUAAAAAGUUCAAAUGCAAUGCAAUUAUUUUAGAAAUUCUCUAUUGUUUAAUGUACCUAUCACGUUUAUAAAGUUGGUGCUAUCUAAUUUUGUGUUCAGCGCUUAUUACGAGAUGCACAAGUACGCACGCAGUACAGAUGUAGUGUAAAUGUAUUUUUAUAUUAUUUAUGACUGUAAAUAAACUGUGUAAAAUGGCAUAUCUCAUUGUUCUGUAGUUAGAUAUCGUAAGAAAUGAAAAUAAAUGGUUGGCAAUUA